CCUCAACAUUUCCAUGCUGACGGGAUGUUACGGGUUUUGCUGCUUACUCUCUCUGUAGUUGCCGUUGCUCAUGCUGAGCUCUGCAAGCCGGAUGCGCAGAAUGCUUUCAAAGUACGGCUUAGUAUCAAAACAGCUUUGGGAGAUAAUGCAUAUGUGUGGGAUGCUAAUGAAGAGUAUCUCUUCAAAGCAAUGGUGGCUUUUGCAAUGAGAAGAUAUUCCAGCAAGACCACAACUCAAAUUUCCAAUGUGCUGCUCUGCAAUGUGACAGAUCGGGUGUCAUUUUGGUUUGUGGUCACAGAUUCUUCCAAAAAUGUGACAACUGUUCCUGGAAGUGAGGUAGAGGAAGCCAUCAGGAUGAACCGGAACAGAAUCAACAGCGCCUUCCUGCUGAGUGACAAAACACUGCAGUUCCUGAAGAUAACCUCAACCCUAUCACCUCCUGUUGAACCCUCCACGCCUGUCUGGCUUAUCAUAUUUGGUGUUGUUCUUUGUCUCAUUGUGGCUGGAAUUGUCUUCCUCAUUGUUUCAGGGAUUCAACAACACAAGAAAAAGAAUAAAGAGUCGACAGAGAGAGAAAAUUUAGAAGAGAAAGGCGAAGUGACAGUAACAGUAGAAAACGGGAUUCCUUGUGAAACUCUGGAUCUAAAAGCAGGCCACAUUAAUGGAGUCUUUGUAGCAGAUGAUGAACGGUUCACGUCCUUAUGAAAUGGUGCCAUUGCUGUCUGGUGGGUUUUUGAAAGACUCCUGUGCCUACCUUAUCUCGUCACUACUCCUCAAUGUCAAACACGAAGACAAGAAAAACGUCCUUUCACUUAAUUUCCCUGGAGAGAACCUUUUGCUGAUAACACAUACACUCGAACCUCCAUUACAAAGCUUUUGUUCAUGAGCAGAGCAAAUGAGAAGACCUCAAAUGAUAUCCAUUAAAAUUGCCAGAAGAUGUGUGGCAGAGCAGGGUUGAAACCUGCCUUGUGUCAGGCAUUUAAUUUUUAAUGA